AUGUACUUCUCCAAGGCCACCAUCAUCGCCGUCUCGGCUCUCAUUGCCCAGGGCUUUGCUUCCCCCAUCCUCGAGACCGUCACCGACUGCUCUGCCGUUCGCAAGACCUGCCAGCAGGGCCCCGACGCCAACCAGGCCUACUGCGCCAGCCAGGCCGCCGAGUGUUGCGACGUCAAGGACUACGCCUGCCGCGCCGGCCCCACUGCCAACAUGGCCGAGUGCUCCUCCCAGAAGUCCACCUGCUACGCCAACGCCAACCUCCCCGACCCUUACGGCCUGGGCAAGCGUCUCGACACCGACGGCGCCCAGUGUGCCGCCGUCCGCCUCACCUGCCAGGAGGGCCCUGAUGCCAACCAGGCCUACUGUGCCAGCCUGGCUGCCGACUGCUGCCAGGAGAAGAGCAACGCCUGCCGCACUGGCCCCACUGCCAACCAGGCCGACUGCUCUGCCAGGAAGUCUUCUUGCUUCGCUGCUGCCAACCUGCCCGACCCCUACGGCCUGGGCAAGCGUCUCGACACCGACGGCGCCCAGUGUGCUGCCGUCCGCAAGACCUGCCAGGAGGGCCCUGAUGCCAACCAGGCCUACUGUGCCAGCCUGGCUGCUGACUGCUGCCAGGAGAAGAGCAACGCCUGCCGCACUGGCCCUACUGCCAGCAUGGCCGACUGCUCUGCCAGGAAGUCUUCUUGCUUCGCUGCUGCCAACCUGCCUGACCCCUACGCCAACUAA